UGUCGACUCCACUCCGGUAGAAGGCAGACCUCACCCGACAAAAAGCUGGACGACCUACCAAUGACAUAAAGUUGGAAGAAGAAGUAUUGUGAAUGACGGAAAAGACAUGGCAGCGGCCGGGAGGUUAGUGGUGCAGGCAGUGCGCCCUCACGCCCCAAUGAUAAAGUUCCCUAAUCGUCGGGGUAUACCGAGCCCAAAUGUGGAAGAGGUACUGCAGAGUACAGGUAUUAGCAUGGCAUCGAGUUCAUUCAUGAAUUCAUCGGCCAAAUCAGCUCCUACCCAAAUCAGCUACAUUCAGCGUCCGUCUGGUCCACCUGACAGCGUCGCCACCAUCCGAGAACUGCCAAUGAAGUACCGCAGACGAGUGCUGGCCGUGGAGGAAAUGGAUUACAUACAGCGUGGAGGGCCCGAGUGACAUUUGACCUUUGAACCUAACAUGUCUUUGUGGAAAUGUGUCAACAGAAUGCUGGCGUCCAAAGAUAGAAUAUUUUUAUGCACGUUGACCGUUU